UUGGCCACGGCAGCUUGGAUUCUGGCGAGGUUCCUAGCCUAUCCCAGAUCCGAGCAAGGAGCACAGGCACGAGCGCGCCCAUACGCCAACGACCAAACACUACGAUGAACAUUGUGGCGGACCUCCAGGAGCGGCUGGCAGAAUCGGAGAGGCAAAGGGACGAAGAAAGGAUAAGGAGGGAGGAAGAAGCGCAGGCUAUGCAAGCCAGGAUGAAUGCAAUGUACGAGUACUUGCAAAACCUUGCACCUGCUAUUGGUCAACCUCCUCCGCCAGCUAUGUUGUUCCAACCUCAAACUCCUCCUUUCAGCACUCCUAAUCAGUCGGCGGCGUCAAAUAAUCCACCUCCUGGGCAACAAGGGGAACAAGGUGGACCGUCGAGGUAGGUGGAUGAUGGAC